AUGAUAGCCGCUACUGCUCAAACGACACCUCACGACCCGACGACUAAUGGCGCCGCUCAUGCGAUGCAGGACAGGCUUUGUCCGGGGUGUAAACAAUCCGCAGUGACAGAGGACGGGGGUCUGGUAGUUGCGUUCGGCCAAUCCUUUUUCCACGUCGACUGCUUCAAGUGCGCGAAAUGCGGCAAUCAGGUCACGGCAGACACAAACAUCCUUUUGCUAUCUGAUGGCUCCCCCGUUUGCGCCAAUUGCUCGUAUAGUUGCAGCGUUUGUCAUGAGCCUAUCUUGGACGAAGCCAUCAUGACCGGAGAGGACUCUUAUCAUGCUCACUGUUUCAAAUGCAAGGUCUGCAACAAACGGAUAGAAGAACUUGUCUUCGCCAGGACGAGCCAAGGCAUCUAUUGUAUGGACUGUCACAACGAACGCAUGAUUAAGAUCAGGCGGCACGCUCAGAAGAAGGCCGAGAAGGAACGGAACGGUGGAAGUGGUUCGUCGCGUUCGCGCGACCAUGCCGCCCGGGAGUUUCAUCGCGAGAACGGCCGAGCAUCACCAGCCAAUCCACGGACAUCCGAUAGGCCAGGUUCAUCAAGGUCCCAUACCAGCGGCCGGAAGAACCUACACCUAGACCUUUCAAGACCUAGUAGUUCACGAGGCGCAGACAAACCCAUCGUCCGCUCGCCCAAACGCGAGUACGUCGAAGACGCAUUUGAUCCUAGUAUGUCAACAUCGAACUCCCCGCGGCCAGGAGCCACCGUACCGUCUCCAACUUCCCCUGGAAUCGCAAUCACCUCCUCGCUGGGAGGCAAUUCCCUGAAAGCCCGCGAUACCCAAGGGUCGGUCGCAUCCCCUGAUGAUUUUGCCCCGCGCCCGCCUCCAAACAAGAACAACACUCUCCCUAUACCACCGUCGGCUAAUGGCGAUAAAUCAUUACGUCGCAAGAGCUAUGACGACGGUGUACGACCUCUAGACAUACUCUUCCGUCAGAACUCUGCUGGCAGUCCUGAGGGUCAUGACGAGCAGCCGGCGACUACCGUCGCUGAAGGCACUGGUCUCAAUCUUCCUACCUCCCGACGUGACAAGCGACGAUCGAUAAAUCCAGGCCUCGUUCUAGGGGAUGUCACGAAACUCCCAGAAAUGUCCGCAGGAUCCUCAACUACUCUACUCUCACCUAUAUCUGGCGUUUUCAGUGGAACAUCUAGCAAAUAUCCUAACAGCCCUCCAGGGCGCGAAUCACCACAAGGUGAUCCUAACUCAUCUUGGCGUAAUUCACGACGCUCAACUUCGACAUCUAUUACUUCAGAGCAAUGGCGGGACGCGAGUAGUCAAUUCAGUCGCCCUUCAUCGGCUACUGAUUCACGCGAGGCUGGUUCUUCUGAGGGUCCGGCUCGGUCGUCAUUUGCAUCUAGCCUCAAUGUACGAAGCAGCCGCUCAAAUAGCAGGUCUCGCCCCAAUUCCCCAGCUCACCAAGCUGAUGUACCACAUAACAUUGAAAGUGAUACCGAUGCUGAAAAUGGCGAAGUAGAGUUUCCUCCCGCCCUCCCCCCUAAGGAGAACCCAGGCCCUGCGGCUCCCUUGGCCGAAUCACAACCUUCAGAACGAGGGAGUUUCGAAGCGGAUUCCACCCUUUACAACGACAGCGAGGAGGAUCUAUCCGACGCUUCACCUACUCAAACUCAUCACACUUAUAUUGCGCCAGCGUUGCCUCCCAUUCGAUUUUCCCUUCCAGCUGACUUCUCCGACCUUCUGUUCCCCCUCCCAGCUGAUGUCUCUGAUCGAUUGAAUGCUGCUAAAGCCGCUGACACCCUCAAGUCGGUACCCGAACACAAUGAAGUACCCACCACUCCCCCACCAACGGCGGUAUCUCUCGCUAGUAACGGAACGUCAAAUAGUAGUGGUGCAGGUACAAUUGUCGCGUCUCCGGCCGUUUCCUCGUCAGACUUUGGGACAAAGAAAGGAGAUCUCAGGGGGAAGAAACAUCGUAACCCAUCCCCCACCUCUGUCAACGGCGAACUCAACCAGACUGGCAUGAGGAACGACGUAUACCAAAGGCGGUCUUCGUCAGAUACUUUUGGGCCUUCAGUCGAUUCCAGUGAUUCCUUUAAAGAUUCGAAGUCUCCUAUGAUCACUGUCACGGAGCGACUAAGAGAGGUCAUUGAAGACGCCCAACAACGCGGAGUACAACAAUUGAAACUCGAGAAGCAGUUUGUUGAAACCAUACUGAGCGCGCUUGAGUCUAAACGUGACGAAUGCUCGGAAAUGAAAAGCCGGCUGGAUGGGAUGAAGCGUGAAAGUCGUCAGUACAUGGACGGUAUCUCCGUUGCUUCAUCGGAAUAUGACAAGGAGUUGAAGGCAAGACGCGCUGCUGAGGCGGAGGUCACUCGAUUGAAAGUCCAGCUAUCUGGGCAAGCCGCAAGCCUUAACGCGAUGUUAGAGGAGAAAGGACGCCAACAACUAUUGCAGAAGAUGACCAAGGAAUUACACGACAAUCUUGCUGGACUGGAGCAGAACGUUUCUAAGCUACGAGUGGAACGAGACAUGACGCUUGCUGAAGUCGAAGAGCUGUCGAAUUCUAAAGGUGCCUCAACUGCGAAUGCAGAAGCCCCUCCCGCUAAUCUGGGAAGGUCCCUGACAAAGCGUCUCGACAACAUCAAGUCGCAGUAUAAGCACGAGCUCAUUCCGCUGAAAGAGCAAAAGGAGGCUUUGGUCAGGGAGAUCGCCGAGUUGAAAGCUGCGAGAGAAGCGUGUCUAGAAGAGACAACCGUUCUCAGCGCACGCUACGAGGAAAUCGCGGAGCUUACCAACCAAUACGCCCGACGGAUGGACAGCCUUCCUGAGACUCCUGCCAAAAAUCCUGUUUUAGUUGCACCUACCCGUCCGCGAGGCUCUUCCAUGGACAGAGGCCAGCCCAUUCCUCCACCGAUGGCCCACUCAAUAAGUCUCCCAGCUAAUUCAGCUCUGCACAACGACGGCACCCUCAAAGUGCAGAAGCCCGACGUGGUAGACAUGCCUACACCUGGGAAGAAGUUCAAGUGGCCGGGCGUGAAAGCACAACUAGUUAGUGUCGUGAAUGGUGCUCGGGGCAAGGCAAAAUCGGAGCACGCCUUUCAACAGAUGAGCAUACUGCGCUUCACCCGGUGUGAUCAUUGCGGUGACAAGAUGUGGGGAUCACAGCUCCGUUGCUCAGGCUGUAACAUUUCCGUCCAUGUUCGAUGCCACAAUCACGUGCUUGCUUCCUGUUCGCAGCAAAAUUCACAGCAUAGAGAACCCGACGUUGUGGAGCCUCUGGGACCAUCUAUGUUUGGCAGAGAUUUGACGGAACAAGUACAGGCUGACCGCCAAGGGGGCUAUCGGCAAGUUCCUGUGAUAGUAGAGAAGUGCAUCGCUGCUGUAGAUGCUCUUGCUCUUGAUUACGAGGGCAUCUACCGGAAGACGGGCGGUUCUAGCCACACGAAAAACAUCACUCAACUUUUUGAACGUGGCGAUUAUUCCUCUUUCGACUUGACCGAUUCCGAACGGUUCAACGAUAUAUGCAGCGUCACUUCCGUCUUAAAGACAUACUUCCGAAUGCUACCCAUCCCUCUACUUACCUUCGAUCUACACGACAAUUUUAUGUCGGCAAUACAACUAAGAGAAGCCUCGGCAAAGAAUAUCGCCCUUCUAGAGUUAAUUAACAAACUGCCCGACGAGCACUAUCACACAUUACGUGUCCUUGUACUUCAUUUACAUCGCGUCUACCAACAUAGGGAGACGAAUCUUAUGAGCGCGCGGAAUUUAGGCGUUGUCUUUGGCCCCACGCUUUUGAGAUCGCCAGACCCGAGCGCCGAGUUCAGCGACAUGGCCGGCAAGGCCCUAUUUAUCGAAUGGAUUGUCGAGAACGCCACCUUCGUUUUUGAAGACGACUCAUAG